AACCAACAAACGCAUCGUGAUUCCGAAUAGUUGAGGAAUUCACCUUCUUUAUACUGUCGCAAUCGGUGCUCUUCAGUCACACUGAUAAUCCAUUCUCUCUCUUUCUAUCCCAUCGCCUUUUAUCGUGAUUCUUAUCUACGUCAUCCGCUCACCGCAUAUCUGGCCCCAGAUGAAGUUCCUUCCUUUGCCCGAACUUGAGGACGUGACGAGCUCGCUGAAUUUCGACACCGCCGACUGUCAUAUCGUUGGUGGCUGUGACCUAUAUACCACCAAGGCCGCCCGAGCGGAUCGGAAGUUGUACAGGAAUAUUGAGCAAUCUUUGGAGUCCCAAUAUGAAUCCGUGCUUCGCCUGUCGGCUUCGCUGUCGCCGCCGAAUGCAUCCGACGCGGCCGCGUCGCUCAAUCUGUCCCGCUCCAGUCCCUUUGGCCCCCUGAGCGAUCACUCCAGCCGUCGAACCUUUGCAUACUUGAUCGCAACAUUAAAUGCCAGCCAUCCCGAUUACGACUUCUCACAUGUAUUGCGCCCGUCUGAUUUCCACCGCGAGCGCAAUCUCAAGAGGGUCAUGAACACGAUCGACUCCACAUUGUUCAACUUGCGACCGCGCGAAGCCAUUGACCUGACACCCCCAUCGCCUGUGACCGUCUCUGGAUCAUACAACGCGGGUGCAUCUGCUACAUGGGGACCGAAAAUGUGGGGAGUCAUUAAUGAGCAUAUGUCGCUGAAAGAGUGCUCAUUGUAUUCUUACUCGCCGGAGGAGGAUCCGUCGGACGCCGAUGACGGAGCGAUCUGGAGUCUCCACUAUUUCUUCUUCAACCGGCUUCGCAAGCGGGUCUGCUAUCUUUAUCUCCGAGCUAUCCCGAUCCUGAGUCAUACUCCCAGUGAGGGAGUGGCUACGCCUACGACGAAGCGCACAUAUGAUGACGGAUACUUGACCCCCGAACUCAGCUCUAGCAAGCGGGCUCGCUAUUGGCUGGGCGAAGGCGUCGAGCUCGACAGUGAAAGUGACGAGGAGGAUCUUUCGAAGUCGCAUCAUGCUGGAGACGAGUACGAUCCAUAUGUGCUCAGUGACGAGGAGUUCCGAUCCCGGUCCGGUAGUAAAGGGACCGUUCGGGCGAUGAGCGAGGAAAUCGCCGACUCGAUGGAAGUCUGAUUGUGCUUUGCUGAUUUUGACCGCACUUCCGCAGCCUUUUGCGCUGCUUCUGAUUCUUCAACCUUGAACAUGUUCGGCUUGCCACUCGAUUCUCUUCCACUAUGUUCGGCCAAUCGCGUUCUGUGUGUUUCGGCGUUUGUUUUGUUACUGCAUUCAA